GAUAUAAUAUUGAAUGUCAAAUCUAUUUUAUACGUAGUCUAUGCCUAUUCAAAAUACUUACUUAUUUAGGAUGGCGCUGUCACGAAUCAGCAAUUCACCUAAUUUAUUAACAACUUUAUCACAAAUCUCAUAUACAGCACGUACGCCAUUAGGUGAAAUGCAAUAUACACGAUGUGCAACUGCGCAUCGCAUGAAAAAUCUCCAUGUUACAAGCGUUCGUCGUUAUCCUGAUCCGCCCACUAUACCGCUUCCUACAAACAUCUCUGAAAUAUUUGCAAAUGAGACCGGCCGAUUUACUCCUGAAAGAACACGAGACAUUGCCGCACCGAUACUACUAUAUGGCAAGAAUGAUUGCACAUCAUUUUCCUUGGAACAAUUAAUAAAACCGAAAGAACAUUUGAGUAAUUUGGAAAACUGCAAUGACACGCAUAUAGAUUCAUAUGAUUGUUUUGGAGCGGUUAGUUUAAAUGGCACGAUGCAAAGCAAUGUACCGAAACCAUUUUGCUCCAAUGGAAAAUCGACACAUUUGAAUAUGCCGGGUGGUCAAUGGGCCAGAGAUGGAAAAUUUAUUGCCGAAGAUAUGCAGAAAUUACAUUAUAGAAGCAACCGUUUAGAAUCGAAAUUGAAUAAAAACGGUCUAAUAAAUCAUGUCACAGUGAAUAAUCUUUUCCAAGCAAUGUCCAACUCAAAAUAUAUCUACAGCAUGGGAUAUUCAACAAGUACAUCGUUAAAUAAUUUAUCAAAGUUAAAUGAUAAAAAACAACAGGAGAUUGAAAAAAAAAUAUUGUUGAACAAGAGGGAAAGAUUAAGAAUUAUAGCAAAAGAUUAUGGAAUUACUGUUACCGUAUUUCAUAUAGGAAUUUCACUGAUAUCUCUCGGUGCUUGUUACGCAGCAGUAAUUAGAGGAAUAGAUUUAAAGCCUGUCAUUCAAAGCAUUUUCAACUUAGAAAAUGAACAAAUAGAAGGUAUCCUUGGCAAUUCAUCUACUUUCUUGGUUGCGUAUGGUAUUCAUAAGUUAUUAGCGCCCAUUCGACUUUCGAUAACAUUAGGUAUAGCACCAUUUCUUGUAAAACGAUUAAGAAAACUCGGAAUUCUUAAGUCUCCAAAACAAAUAAAAUUAAAUACAUAGGAAUAAUACUUAAGUGGAUGAUUGUAAUUAUUUGUACUAUAAUUUACUAUAAUUUAUAAAAAUUAAUUUGAUGAAAUAAACUUACAUACACAUAUAAAUCAUUAUUUUUAUGUAUAUAUUCGGAUUUAUUAUAUAUAAAGAAUAUAAUAAGUUGUAAUUACUUUACACAACGUCACGUAUAUUUCAUAUAUGAUAUUUAGCGCAUCUACGAUAAUGUAAGUACGGCUGUUGUAAUUACAAUAGUUUUACUAGUAAGUUUUUCUUUGAUUAAUCGCCGUAAAUACAUAUGACAUACACAAAAGCUCGGCAGUUUCAAUGGACGAAUUGAUCAGUUAUUAUAUUGGAACAAUGAUUGCGCUCGGUACGCAAAUUUUUACCGAGAAUUUUCGAGUCGACUCCCACUUACUUAUUACGAGCCUAACGACAUUUGAUUGCGUAUAGGAAACAUACGAAAAUGCCAAUUACUUGGCAAACAUGUAUAUGUACAUAACUUUU